GUGCUGGCCUCUGCUACUUUGUUUCAGGGGCAAAGCCCAAGCGCUCCGCGAGCCUGUGGCGUUUUCCAGCGCCCAUGGAGCCGUUGGGCGGAUGGCGACCAAGGAUCUGGAUGGAGCUUCGAGCUCCGAGGCAAAGGGCUGGCUGGCCAAAGUGCCGCCCCUGCCAGAAUGGCCGGGCUCGCGCCCUUCUUCGGAGGUGUUGGUGGUCAAGCCGAGGCUACCGGAUGAAGUGGAGGCUCUCUUUGCGGAGGCGGCGGCGCUGGUGGCUGCGCGACCUCGGCGCAACACGCGAUUGCAGGUCCUGGAAGAGGAGGAUUUCUGAAGCAGCCCAAAGGCCCAACACUAAAAGGGUGCUUCCUUGGCCAAUAUCGCACCUCAGCAUCUGCAUGUUUCACAUCGGAGAUGCCCCUCGUGGCCAAGACAACAGAAUGAAAUGGAGCUCACACAGAAAGCUCUUCUACCCUGCAAUCAAAAGUGCGGCUUUUGCGAGAAUGUGCAGGCACAUGCAUGUAGGCGAAGCCAUCGCCGCGUCCGUGCACCGCACAAGGAGAAAUGGAAGUAAUCUGCGACAUCUGAGUGUAAUGCGUUUGAAAUGCUCAAUACUUGUCUCACGUUUGGCCAAUGUUUCACCCAGGUUUCUCAGAAGCCGCCCUUAUAGCGGCCCAGGUCUGAUGGAGCCGAAUUUAUAUAAUCAGUAUGUUAUUUGAAGGUGAGUUGGCAGCUGCCAUGGUACGAUUCUUUGGCAUGUGCAUGCCAGAUGCACCUGAAGGUGGCAAGAAAAUAAGUUUGUUUGCUUGUGAUGCAUUUCAGAGUGCCUUCUCUUGUCUUCCCCUUUCCACGUGGCCAGAUGCAGCGCCAUGGUGCAGCAAGGAAGAUUGCCUUGGCUUGGAAAGAACGAGCACUGCAGCGGCAGCAAAGGGCGGCGGGCGUGGUGCAGAAGCACUUCCGUGGUUUGCACGGACGCAGGCACUUCCAGGCGGAGAAAAGGAAGCAGUGCGCCUGUCGGCUCCAGAGAUGGUGGCGCAAGAAGAGGUUCUAUCUCGCGUGGUUUCGGACGCAUAUGCUGCGGAAGUGCGCGGUGAAGUUGCAAUCCUGGCACCGCGGGAACAAAGCACGAGAAGAGGUCUACAACAUGCUGGUCCAGCGUCAGGCUGCAGUACGAAUCUCGGCGGCUUUCCGUGGCUGGCGGCUACGACAACAGGUGAAACAGCAGCAGCGAAGUGCCCGAAAGAUUCAAGCACAUUGGCGCUGGCAUCGGCUGUGGCAGGCUUAUCUUCGCUAUCGAGAGAGGGAGCGGCAGCGGCAGCGAGCAGCCCGCCAGAUCCAAGCGUCGGCUCGGAGCUUUUUGUCGGUGCAAGAACUGCAGCGGCGCAAGCAGAUCCAACGUCACGGUGCCGCCAGUAUGGUCCAGAAGCACUUCCGCGGUUGGUGCAGUUGGAGGCGCUUCCAGAAAGGAAAGCAAGCUGCUUGUCGGCUUCAGAGAUGGUGGCGCAAGAAGAGGCUGUACCUUGCAUGGCGACGGCUCCGGAAGAGCGCCGUGAAGUUGCAGUCCUGGCUCCGGGGAAAGCAGGUACGAGACGAGGUGAAACAGCAGCAGCGAAGUGCCCGAAAGAUUCAAGCACAUUGGCGCUGGCAUCGGCUGUGGCAGGCUUAUCUUCGCUAUCGAGAGAGGGAGCAGCAGCGGCAGCGAGCAGCCCGCCAGAUCCAAGCGUCGGCUCGGAGCUUUUUGUCGGUGCAAGAACUGCAGCGGCGCAAGCAGGCCGCUGCAAAGGCACGCGGACCGCCUGUCACCUCGGACUCAGCAGUGCCUGGAGUGCAGACAGCGCCGACGGUCAGCAACCACAAUGCGGAGCCUCCUCGCAGCGUCUUGAACGGCUUUUGUGCACAUCUUUGUAGCCCUUUGGUCAGCCUGGAAGGGAAGGUCAGGGCCAGACGCACAGGUGUACAUCCCAAGGGCAUGGGUUUGGGUUGCGUGGUCUUUGGCGAUGGACCUUUGCCGCACUUUCCGGAGGGGCGAUACUUUGAAGUUCGCAUCGAGGAGGUGGCCCAGGACUUCCCAGACGGGUUGAACCUCGGUGUGGCUUUGAAGCUCCCGAUGGCACGGCCCAAGGAGCCCUACGCCACCUGUGAGGAGGUACCCAGAUCCUUCUGCUACGGCUUCGAUGGCAUGGCACAUCGAUGCGACCGAGAGGAUUUGGAGGCCAUCGACUGGAGCCCUGUGGAUUUGGAAGUCGGGGAUGUGGUAGGGAUCCUUGUGACCAAACAAGGCGUAAUGCAGCUGAUAGUGAAUGGCAUUUUAGAGGUCUUCUCUAUUGAUGGCUUGCCGGACCAAGACCUUUUUCCACUGGUGGAACUCAUGGGCAACACUGUGGCAGUCUCCUUGCGCCCGGGAGCAUCGCCACCGGCGGUGCGCCCACGUGACCCGAAGAUGGCCUCCGCGCCCACGGUCCAGGUGAACGCAGCUCCGGAACCACCUCCAUCAGUGCCACAAGUGCCGACUGCUGAGAUGUCCUCCAAGGGGGCAGCGCCCCUUACGACCUUGAACCCGGGGGCAGUGCAGCCUUCGCAAGUGCAGCCUGCUGCAGUGCAGCCUGCUGCAGUGCAGCCUGCUGCGGUGCAGCCUACUGCAGUGCAGCCUGCAGCAGCGCAGGGACGCUUUUCCACUCGCCGCAGCAUGGCGCCUGCUCCGAAGGCAGCGCCAGAAGCGUCUUCAUCAGGGCCAGCGCAAGCAGUGAUGCCUCCGACUGAGACACUGCCCACGUCGCAUUCAGGCGCCCCACGACGCUCCGCAGCACGGGAGGGUCGCUUCUCCUCCCGCCGGAGCAUGGCGAAACCUGCUGCCGCGCCAGUCAAGGCUACAGGGGCCUUCUAUGCACCAUUGCUCAGCAAACAGAUGCAGCUCUCCAAGGAUGGGAAUUCCGUUCGACACAAGGAUGAGACAGGGCAGCAGCUAUACGGUAUUGCUGUUGGCAGCAGCCCUCUAGCGCCGCUUCCAGGUGGCCGCUAUUUCGAGGUGCGGGUGGACAAGGUCCGGAAGGGCAUGAGCGACGGCCUUGCAUUGGGCUUCACCUUGGUUCCUCCGAGCGAACUAGCAGGCGAGGAGCUGCACGAAGUGUCAGACACCUUGCCGGAAUCGUGGACUGCAGGGUAUGACGGCUUUUAUCGAUCCGUGAACUAUGCAGACAAUGAUCAGACCACUUUGACAUGGAACCCUUCGAGCCUCCAAGUCAACGAUCGAGUGGGGGCACUACUCACACGGGCGGGACAGUUCAUGAUCCUCGUGAAUGGCAAGGUGGUGGUCCGCGUCAGUGAUGACUUCCCCUUGGCGGACGUCGAGGCAUUCUAUCCUGUCGUGGACCUCCUUGGUCGAGUGUGUCAGGUGACAAUGACUUUGGAUGUUGUGCCCCCACCAGAUGUCACAGUGGGUGCCACUUUCACCGGCUUUGAUCCCAAGCUUGUGGGCAAGACGGCGCACCUCGAUGGCACGCGGCUGCUUUGCGCGAGCAACGACGCGGGCGGCGAUGCCCUGGGGGGAGUGGUCUUCGGCGAUGGCCCGUUGCCCUGCACGGGCCCCGACGGCGAAGCCUACUUUGAGGUCGUGGUGCAGGAGCUGCGACAAGGAAAAGAGGAUGGCCUGGUCUUGGGAGUGGCAUCCAAGAAGCCUGGAUCGAUGGAUGAGAUCCUCAUGGGUUGCGAUGUGAAGGACGCCUGGAGUAUCGGCUACAACGGCUGUGCCUUUUCGCCUGACCUGGAGGAGGAGCUGCCGGUGAAGUGGAGCCCAGUGAACUUGCAGCGCGGCGACUGUGCAGGGCUUCUAGUCAAAGGGGACGGUAGCUUGAUCGUGCUCAUCAAUGGCGUUCCAGUGUGCAAAGGGCCAAAGCAAGUUCCAGUCUUGGAUGUGCCGCUGUAUCCCUUCGUGGACCUCUUAGGCAAUGCCAAAGCGGUCCAACUCCAGAAACCCACUGCGGAGUUGGUGAAGACGGCCGUGGUGAACUGUGCCAAGGCAGCGAAACGAAGCCUUCUGAGCAACAGUGGCAAAGACCCUGCCUUCUUUGAUGCCUGGUAAGAGGAUCAACCCACCGAAGCUGAGCCUCAGAGACUCGAAGAUGAAGAAGCUGAGUCUUGCU